AGCGCUGCCUGGGCGCCGCCACUCCACCCCAGCAACUUCGUGGGCCACUCCCGCUGGGCCCGGGACGCGAACUCCCCGCCCCGGAGGCUCCCGUGGAAUCUUCCAGAUCUCCCGAGGAUCCCUCGGUCGCCCUAGGUACUUGGAGCCCCGAGGAAAAGAUUUGCGAGGAGGAAAAGCUGUUCCAAGUGGCCCUGGCUUGGGUGUCACCUUGGGAAGCCACCCUUCCAGGCUGGAGCAGGCCCUAUCUGGGGUCCCUGGCGUCACCGAGUUGGGGCAGGACAGAGCUGUCCCUCACCUGUUUUCUCCACUUGGGAAUCCCCUACCAAAGAAAAUGAAAUUUGCAAGCCACCAAAUGUCAUCACCAAGUGAAAUAUUUGAAGCCUAGGUCUAAAUCAUGGGCCUUGACCUUAUGGAAACCAGCACUGAAUUCUUAGCCUUUUAAGCUCCGUACCCACAAAACCUUAGCCACCAUCACUCCAGUACCCACAGGCUUUGUGCAGACUGAGCAAAACUCCAGUGAUGGAAGAACAAAAGACUUGAUCACUGGCUUCAGUGUCAUCAAAAGCCACCUGACCUCCAGCAGAACCUAGCACAGCCAUGGAAAGAAAUUCCAGUUUAUGGAAAAACCUGAUCGAUGAACACCCAGUGUGCACGAGCUGGAAGCAAGAGGCCGAGGGAGCCAUUUACCAGCUGGCCAGCAUUUUGUUCGUCAUCGGUUUCAUGGGCGGCAGUGGAUUCUUUGGGCUCCUCUAUGUCUUCAGCUUGCUGGGGCUGGGUUUCCUCUGCUCUGCGGUCUGGGCGUGGGUAGACGUCUGUGCGGCUGACAUCUUCUCCUGGAAUUUUGUGCUGUUUGUCAUGUGUUUCAUGCAGUUUGUUCACAUCGCGUAUCAAGUUCACAGCAUCACAUUUGCCCGAGAAUUCCAGGUGUUGUACAGCUCUCUCUUCCAGCCUCUGGGCAUUUCCUUGCCCGUCUUCAGAACCAUUGCUUUGAGCUCUGAGGUGGUUACUUUAGAAAAGGAGCACUGUUAUGCCAUGCAGGGGAAAACCUCCAUUGACAAACUCUCCCUGCUUGUUUCAGGAAGGAUCAGAGUGACAGUUGAUGGCGAAUUUCUGCAUUAUAUUUUCCCCUUUCAGUUCCUGGAUUCUCCUGAAUGGGAUUCACUGCGACCCAUGGAGGAAGGCACUUUUCAGGUGACCCUCACAGCAGAAACUGACUGCCGGUAUGUUUCUUGGAGGAGAAAGAAAUUAUAUCUUCUCUUCGCCCAGCAUCGCUACAUCUCCCGUCUGUUUUCAGUUUUAAUUGGCAGUGACAUUGCAGAUAAACUCUAUGCCUUGAAUGACAGGGUGCAUGUAGGGAAAAGGUGUCACUACGAUAUCCGGCUACCCAACUACUAUCACAUGUCAAGUCCUGAAAUGUCCAGAUCGCCCUUGACAAAACAGUUUCGGAAUUCCAGACAAUACUGUAAUAAAUGAUGUUAAAAUCUGAAGUUUUCUGCCUAUUAAAAAAGGCUUCAUCAUUCCCCAAGUGAAAGAGUAAGAGGCGUAAAAUUCAACUCAGUAAUAUUUUUAUAACUCAAAUUCGGAGGAAAGAUGCCAUCUCCAGCUGUUGAUUCAUCACAGUGGCUGCUUUGCAAAUAAAUUUUAUAGUUUUCUUGUAUUUCUUGUUGAUUUACUGGUGGAGAAAGAUGACUGCUCAUGGGCAGGUUGCCUUUUCUCUCCUUAGAACUGGGAGAAUGCUACUUCCCAUUCUCAGAUUUUCUCCAGGGCAUUCAUUGUCUUGUCCUGAAGACUUUGGGGUUACUUCUCAGGAAGCAGCCAGCAAGUGUUCUCAGAGCACAAGGGUAGGUUACUACUGUCCACAUGUACACAUCCAGAAUUCACUCUUUUUUUUAAGGUAGGGUUUUGCUCUAGCUCCACUAUGUAGUCUCAGGGUGGCCUUGAACACAUGGCGAUCCUCUUACCUCUGACUCCCGAGUGCUGGGAUUAAAGGUGUGUGCCACCAUGACAGGCCAUUUUUUGUUUGUUUUUUAAGCUACAACUACUGGUAGUUUUAUUGUUGUGGGGUGCAAUUUAUUUUACAUGGGAAGUUAUUUGAUAUGACUAAGAAGAAGAAUAAAUAAGAAAUAUACAAA